ACUUCCAUUUUAUUUAUCCCCUCCCUACUCUGUUUUUACAGCAUAAUCUUAUGAAGCCAACGCCCUGUUAUAAAGUAAAUCAGAACACUGGCUUGGCAAUGUAUUGUGUUUCACAGCAUCCUCAAGUAGCCUAGUAAUCAGGAUGAGCGCACGUCUUCUCUUCACCUGCGUCCUAUCAGUGAUCACUGCUACAGGUUGCUCUUUAUCAUGCUACCAUUGUGCAGUAAAAGAUGAAGAGGUGAAAGAUUAUCACAUGUGUGAAGGAAAGACAGUACAAUGUUCAUCUCCGGACGAUGUGUGUGUCUCAGUUUAUGAAAGGACAACAGUAGGUGCUUCACUGGGAACAACACUGUUUAUAAGACUGUGCGGAAAGUGCGAUCAAUACAGGAACGGGACUGUGCGCUUUCACAAAGGCAGACUCAGGGUCAACACGACCUGCUGCCACCAGGAUGACUGUACUCCUCCCAUCCCCACUUUGCCACCCGAUAAAUUUUCAAAAAAUGAAAAAAUCGUUGGAAAUGGUAUUAAAUGUAAAACCUGCUACGCCACAAACAGCAAGGCCUGUGACUGUACCAGCUUCAUGAACUGCACCAAGGAUGAGACAAAAUGUAUCUCUCGGUCUGCAAUUGCGACAGAACCAGUCUACUAUUCAAUGGCUAUGCGGGGCUGCACCACGGAGGAAAUGUGCCCAAACAAGAAUCAGACUCUAUCAUUCGAAAAACUUAAAUAUGAUUUUUUGUGUACAGAUGAAAGUGAUGGAAUCCACGACAGUUUAUUACCAUUGGUUCUUACUACAAGUCUUGUUGCUAUAUUACAUCUGCACUUUGCUUAUUAAAUGUAUUGUUCUGCAUAAAGUGUUAUUUAAGCAUUCUAUGGGCGGUAUUCAAAUGAUAUAUCACGCCUAAUCUCCUUUCUAAUGUGAUCCUCGUUAUUGCGCAUAUCGCGCCCAUAGUAAUCAGGGUUAGCGGCGUAAAGGGUUGGGUACCCUCGCUACCCCGGGGGUAGUGAGCUGAAAUGAUUAUACCACGCCCGUCAGCAGAAACAGAACGGGUUUGGAAGGGGGUGUGGAAGAGGGUGAAAAGAAUUAAAUACCGCCCUAUGUGUAGUAUGAAUAUGUGAUGUCAUGCAGAAUAGCAAAUAAAUACUGAAAUUCA